CUUUUAUUUUCAGUAACAAACAGACUUGAAAGGCUGCAAAAGGGGAUGGACGAGAUACAACAAGGCCAAAAGCAGUCACAGCAAACACAAGAAAAGAUAUUGCAAAAGAUUGAAAACCUCCAGAAGCCAUCAACAUCAGCACCCUCAACCCUGUCGUGUGAAGAUGUUAAGCUUUAUUCAGAAAGAUUAAAAUCAUCAACAAAAACUCAAACAGAAUUCCAACCCAAACUGUUGGUCAGCCAUUCUGUGCCAAGCACCAGAACAGAUGACAUAUUCACCAAUCUCAUGAUCCAACGUGAAUGGAAACCCUUGAAUAGAUCUAAAACUAGGCUCUCUAGAAGGGAUCAGCUGCAAGAGUACAACAAACCAAGUGCUAAACAGCUAAUUGAUAAAUGCCAAGACAUGUUCAUCAACCCACCAGACCAUGAUAAUCCCAAUCCAAAGUCCAUCCUUGUGAUUGGAAAACCAGGCAUCGGAAAGUCUCUGUUUUGUCAAAGGCUUUCUAGAGAUUGGGCUGAUGGUGUGUUAUUUGACAACAAUCCAGAUGCCUCAAGAGUGGCAGAUGAUUUUGACUUUGUGUUUCUAAUGACAUUUAGGCAGUUGAAUCUCUUUUGUGAAAAGCAGUUCAAUUUCUGUGAAGUCUUAAAUCACUGCUCUGUGGGAGAUGACCGUUCAAAAGUCAGUGAACCCUUGUUUGAGUACAUUAUUGAACAUCCAGAAAAGGUCUUGUUUAUCCUUGAUGGAUAUGACGAGUACUMCRAUCGASCCAGCAUAUUUMAAUGCCCAUUUGAACAGAAGUAUGAAAACAACCCACGACUGAAGAUGCCUGUAGCUGCUUUGAUUUCCAAACUCUUGCAAAAGAAGAUAUUUAGCAGUGCUGUUGCUAUGGUUACAUCACGUCCAACUGAAGCUGAUGAGUUGGGGGGAAUUCACAUGGAAGCAGUAGUGGAAAUAGCAGGGUUUUCUGUUGAACAAGUUAAAGAAUUCAUUGAAAAGUACUUCAAGUCAAAGAAGGAAGAAGUGAAGAUUGCUGCAAGAGAUCACAUCAUGAACAAUGAAAACUUGCUAAGCAUUGCACACAUUCCUGUGCUUUGUCACCUGAUGUGCUUUUGUCUUGAAUGGCAUAUUGAAAAUGRAAMAGARAAGUGCYUUCCAGCRACAAUAACUGAACUUUACUCUGAAGUUGUGAAAAUAUUUGAAAAUUGCUGUAAGCCAAUUCACAGAGCAUCUGAAGAGAAAAGUACARUGAAAAAGCUAACAGARUUGGCAGCUGCAAUGUUUAUGGAGGGAARACUCAUUUUUAAUCAAAGUGAUUUGGAAAGAUUCCAUCUGUCUUGCCCAGAGACCGGAAACCUGCAGUCUUUUGGUCUUCUAACCUGUGGUCCAGCAUUUAGAGAAAGUCCUUCUGAGGUAGCAAGAGAUUUUUGUUUUUCUCAUCUUACACUGCAUGAGUAUUUUGCAGCUCUUGGUUUUGUGAAYAGUGGCAUAAUACCAACACUUGAAGCUGGUGGUCGUAAUGAGAUGGUGCUCCAAUUUUGUGCUGGCCUUUUCUCUGGAUUUGAAGCUGGUGAAAGGCUAAUGGAAGAGAUGAUUUCACCAUACUGCUGCUGYAAGCAUGGCWUGUUAGUGGCAAAGUGUUUACRAGAGUAYGGGGACCAAGAGUUUGGAGUCAAGAUUAUAGGAAAGUACCACACUCAAUUUAGUGAUGAAAAUGGAGCMCUUUUUAGAGAUAUUGUUAUAUCUGAUAUUGCAGAUAGUGUAGCUUUGGCAUACUUCUUGGAUCUUAUUAGCAMAUUUUGUAAAGAUUAUGCUGAUGCUUUUUCAGAACCCUUUUGCAUCAGUCAGCUAAGCAUAGAACUCAGUUCAUCAUUCAUUAAUGUAAUAGUAGAACCUUUAAAAAAUGAUGGCUGUCCUUUAACUGUCUUGAAGAUUAGCUCUCAGGAUAUUGAUAUGGGUUCAGAUGGGAUUAUUCAUAUUCAUAAGGUCCUUGGAGAGGAAGGGAUGUCAUCCCUUAGUAAUGUAUUACCAUCAACACACAUCACCACACUUCACCUUAAUGGUGAAUUUACUGGUGAAGGGAUGUCAUCCCUUAGUAAUGUAUUACCAUCAACACACAUCACCACUCUUGAACUUAUUGGUGACUUUAGUGAUGAAGGGAUAUCAUGCCUUAGCAAAGUAUUACCAUCAACGUUUAUCACCUCUAGGUCUGGGUAGCUAUGAAAUUUCUGAGAGAGGGAUAGAUCAACUUAGUAAAAUUGCACCAGCAUGCGAUAUUGUUAAAUUAUACUAGGGAGUUGAAGGUAAAGCAGUUCCCUCUAUUAUUUAGUUACCGUAUUUACUCGAAUAGAUGGUGUUUAUUAAAAUAACACUUUAUUCAGUACCACAAAAUGAAUGUCGUGUUCAUUUUAUCUAUUCAAUUUAUGAUUUUAACCAGAGUUAAACUUCUAUUUCAACAUCAAUGUCCUCCUCGUGGUCUGAAUCUAACAGCUGCUGAGAUCAAACAGUACAAAAAAAAGUACAGUCACUUCGAAAUAAAAAAUGUUCUAAAAGAAAAUAAAUUUCCAUUUCUGGUAUCAUUAUUUCCUCAAAUUGAUGUCGCACCCAGAUGCGGCGUCUAUUCGGGGGGCGGCGUCUAUUAUUGAGGGUGGCAUCUAUUCGGGGGCGGCAUUUAUUCGAGUAAAAUACGGUAUUUAACAGCAUGUAAUCCAACUGCUGCAUCAUCUUCAGUGACAAAUAAGAAAAUCUUAAUAGCAAACUCGCACACAAAUAAGUGAAUAACUAUUUGAGUUAUAAGUUUGAUUACCGUAUAUAAGCAAGCAAAAACGUCAGACACUGAAGAAUUUCAAUCUAAAUUUUAGUUUUUUGGUUUGUCUGUCUGUCCACACAGACUAUUGAUCUUCAUAAGUACACAUUCAGUUUAGAACAAUAAUUUGCAGAAAUUGUUUCCAAUAAAAAAGAAAUUGUAAAUGAUGAUCUCAACACACUUGUUUUUAAUAAUAAUAAAAUAUUUUAAUAGUAUCAAUAUUAGUAUUCAUUAGUAUCAUCAGAAAGGGUAUUAUAGAAUGCCAAAAGGCUUUGACAGAGAGUGAAGAGACAAAUUUAUUUUCUCUUCCAGAAAAACGUUUGUAAAAGACUUAAAUCACAAUACACUAAAACAGAAUGUUUUUUUAUUGAACAGUAAGAAUCAUAGUGCAACAAUAACCAUCAGAGUGUAGUAAUAUCUAUUUCAUACAUUUAUGAAAACAACCSGAMAGUAAUGUUCAUUACAGRGCAUGAAAAAAGGAUUUUGYAUAAGAUAUUUUGUGCAAUUGUUUYAUAAAUGUUUUAAGUAGGCAUGUAAUACAGUAGACACAAGACUACAUGCAAUAGACGAUAUGCAUUAUGACGUCAUUUACUACAACUACCAGAAUGCUUUGCCAAUUAGUAAUGCAAUUAGUGCCAAUUGUUUUAUUAAUCUCCAAGGGAAUUAAAAAUCUGAAUAACAAUGAAAAUGUGCAAGGCUCUCUGAUAGUUGUAGUAAAGUUACRUCAUAAUGCAAACGRCCUAUUAGCUUUAAACUAAAAGGUUGUUUGUUAAUGAUUUUGUUGUGAUUCUUCAAGUCUAAUGUUAAUAAUAAAAUUGAAAAACCAUA